UGUUGAUAUGCAUUACAAGUUGUAACUGUAAACUUAAUUUCCCAUUAAGAAAACAAAUCCGUAGUCCAUUAUACUAUUGGGUCCAAGCCCAAUUCCUCUCUCCCCUCGCGCGGUCUCUCUCAUCGCCUCCGGCGAGAACCCUAGAUCCGGCUCGACUCCACGGCUGGAAAUCGGUGACCGGAAUCCAUAUUCGACAAACCAGAAUCACGCGGGUUGUCCUCUGUGCUUUCCUGGAAAGAUCGAAUUUUCUGGUCUCGUUUUCUUCGAAGGCCUGGUUGUUUGUUUGGGCAGGUUAAUAUUCUGGAAAAGUAAAGAUGACUUCCCCACACAUACCCAUCGAGAACAACACCGAGCUUGUUGUAGUUCACAACGAAAUGGUGAUGGCUGAUCACGAGAUAUUACCUGAUGCAAUGAUGCUUAACAAUGAGAUAGUCCCGAUGGAGAUGCAAGACAACACUUUGGAAACACCCAAAAUGCCCCCCAAGAAAGUCCGGAAAAAGAAGUCAAUGGUUUGGGAGUUCUUUACCAUUGAAUCUGUUGGCGAUGGAUGCAGAAGGGCGUGCUGCAAACAAUGCAAGCAAUCAUUUGCUUACAGCCAAGGUUGCAAAGUGGCGGGGACCAGCCACCUCAAACGCCACAUCGCCAAAGGCACUUGUGCCGCCGUCCUUCGUAACCAACAACUGCUGAACAACAACAAUAACAACUUGUUGUUUAGUGCACCGGCUAAGAUGAGAGGUUACCGAGGUGGGAAUGCCGCCUCAGGCCUGCCAAAGAAGCGUUACCGCACACCCACCACGCCUUUCAUCGCGUUUGACUUGGACCGCUGUCGCCAAGAGAUCUCCCGGAUGACCAUCAUGCACGACUACCCACUCCACAUGGUUGAGCAUCCGGGGUUCAUUGCCUUCGUUCAGACUCUCCAACCACAGUUUGAUAUGGUCAGCUUCAACGCCGUUCAAGGAGACUGUGUGGCGACUUACCUCAGAGAAAAACAAUCUGUUCAGAGGAUGAUUGAAGGUAUGCCGGGGAGGAUAUGCCUCACCCUGGAUGUGUGGUCUUCCCACCUUAGGGUUGGCUAUGUUUUCAUAACUGGGCAGUUCAUUGAUUCGGAAUGGAAGAUUCACAGGAAAGUUCUUAAUGUUGUCAGGGAACCUUUUCCAGAUUCUGACACGGCAUUCAGCCAUGCCAUUGCUGUCUGCCUCUCAGAUUGGGGUAUAGAGGGUAAAUUGUUUUCUGUCACAGUCAAUCAACCUCUGCUCAAUCAGGCGGUGGAUAACGUCCGGACAUUACUAUCCGUCAAGAACCCGGUCAUUCUCAGCGGUCAACUCUUGGUCGGGAAUUGUCUUGCUCAUACAUUAAGCAGUAUUGCGGUGGACGCGUUGAGUUUUGCUCAAGAUUCCGUGAAGAAAGUGAGAGACAGCGUGAAGUAUGUUAAGACUUCAGAAUCAAAUGAGGAAAAGUUUCUAGAACUAAAGCAGCAUCUUCAGGUUCCCAGUGCGAAGAAUCUGUCACUAGAUGAUCAAACGCGGUGGAACACAACGUUUGAGAUGUUAGCAGCUGCGCUUGAAUUGAAAGAAGUCUUUUCUUGUUUGGACACUUCCGUUCUGGAUUACUCUGGUGGCCCUACGACAGAAGACUGGAAAAGGAUUGAGACGCUGCAUAAUUACCUCAAAAUCCUCUUCGACACUGCCAAUCUCCUGAGUGGGCUCACAACUCCAACGACGAACGCUUUCUUUCAUGAGGCUUGGAAGAUCCAGUUGGAGCUCGCUCGGGCAGCGGUUAGCAAGGACCCAUUUCUCAGCGGGCUAACCAAGCUGAUGCAAGAAAGGUUCAAUAAGUACUGGAAUAGCUGUUGUUUGAUAUUGUCAAUCGCGGUUAUCGUGGACCCACGUUUCAAGAUGAAGCUCGUUGAGUUCAGCUUCUCCAAGAUCUAUGGUGAGGAUGCCACAUCAUACGUGAAGGUCGUUGAUGAUGGGAUCCACGAGCUCUUUCAAGACUAUGUGGAUCCAAAUGGUGGCAGGACUCGAGAUGGUCACGAUAUCUCUAAUAACAAUAAUAAUAAAUCAGGGCUCACCGAAUUUGAUGCCUUCAUAAUGGAGACGACGAGCCAGUUGGCGAAAUCUGAGCUGGACCAGUACUUGGAGGAGUCUUUGUUACCCAGGGUGCACGAGUUUGAUGUGGUCGGGUGGUGGAAACUCAACAGGAUGAAGUAUCCGACACUCUCAAAGAUGGCCCGUGAUAUAUUAACUAUUCCGGUGUCGACAGUGACGGGAGAGUCGGUGUUCAGCACUGUGGGGCCCAAAGAGAUGGACCGUUACCGGUGUUCGUUGCGGCCUGAGACGGUGGAGGCACUCGUGUGUGCCAAGGACUGGCAGCAGAAUGAAUCUGCAAGCAACAGCAUUGCUGUAUCGCCAAUAAAAAUGGAAGUCCCCAUUUAGUCUCUCAAUGUUUCUUUUUCUAUAGUAGUCUUUGUAGGAAGUGGUUUUAGGUGCAUAGUGGCAAGUGAAUUUGUUAAUCUAGAAAUUGAUUUCACCGUAUAAACCUUUUUCUUGUUAUCAUAGAAGUUGUUGAAUACUUCCUCCGGAGAUUUUGUUUGGCAAUUUACACCCCCUCCUAUUGUGCAUUGUUGUC